AUGAACAUGGAUGAUGAUGAGUUUGGACUUUCGUCCUCAGACGAAGCAGAACUGCUGAACCUCGAGCCUACAAUCGUGAGCAACGGGAAACGCAAGAAUGAGGACGAAGAUAUUGUUAAUGGUGCCAAAAAGCUGCGACCGGAUCGCGAUGACGUGCCUUGCUCUUCGCCUGCUGCCAUCGCUACGGCGAACACAGUCCUUCGGCAACGGUUCGGCAUGAAUGCAUUUCGACUGAAGCAGGAGGCUGCUAUUGCCAGGCUACUCGAUGGUGGCAGCUCCGUAGUCGUGUUCCCUACAGGCGGCGGCAAGUCACUGUGCUAUCAAGUCCCGGCACUCUGCUUCAAGGAACUUGACAAAAUAGCAGGCGAACGUCAAGGUCCUGUCGAGCAAGGUAUCACAUUGGUUGUGUCUCCUCUCAUCGCACUCAUGAAGGACCAAGUCGACGCUCUACUCCGUCGUGGUAUCAAGGCGGCAGUUCUGGACUCGACCAGGACCAAGGAACAGUACCUCCAGACUAUCGAUGAGAUGCGCAAUGGUACUCUGGACAUUCUAUAUUGUGCACCAGAAAGAUUGAACAACGAAGGGUUUGUUACCAACAUGGCGAACGUCCAGGGCGGUGUUCGACUCCUGGCAGUCGAUGAGGCUCACUGCAUCUCCGAAUGGGGUCACUCAUUCCGUCCCGAUUAUCUCAAAGUUGCACGAUUUGCCAGGGAAAUCCAAGCUGAAAGAGUGAUAUGCUUAACCGCAACCGCGACGCCGACCGUCGCAAAAGACAUCUGCAAAGCUUUUGAUGUUCCUGAGUCUGGGCUCUUUCGUACAUCGACUUAUCGAUCAAACCUUCGCCUAUACGCACAGUCGUACAACACGAAGAAUGAGACAUUUCCAAAGUUGCGGGCUUUCUUAAAGGCCCAUCCAGGACCAUCGAUAAUCUACGUAACUUUGCAGAAGCAGUCGGAGGAACUUGCGCAGCAGCUUCGCUCACAAGGUUUCGAAGCUAGACACUUUCACGCUGGAAUGAAGACAGAGGAGAAAACUGCAUGUCAGGAAUCUUUCAUGGCCUCAAAGGACAUGAUUGUUGUCGCUACCAUCGCCUUUGKCAUGGGCAUCGACAAGGCAAAUAUUCGAAACGUCGUUCACUAUGCAGCACCUUCAAGUUUGGAAGGGUACAGCCAGGAGAUCGGAAGAGCAGGUCGGGACGGCAUUGAGAGUCAUUGCAUGUUGUUCCUGUGUGCCGAAGAUCUCCAUUUGCGAGAGUCGUUCGCGAGAGGCGACUUGCCCUCGAAAUCCUCGAUCACGGACCUUCUUCAAGAGGUCUUCUGUUUGGUUCCCUCGCCGGCACCGGAGUCGCACAUCGAGGCAAAUCUAUACCAGCAAGGGAAAGAUCAUGACAUCAAAGCAAACGCCCUUGGCAACAUCUACGCGCAACUUGAGCUCUCAUUCAAUCUCAUCAGAGCGACAACUCCCAAGUAUACCAAAUACUCGUACCUGGAGCUGAAAUACACCGGAUGGGAUAAGUCACCAGCUGCCACUGGUCUAAGAAGACUUACCGAAAAGAAGACAAAGCUGUCGCAUGUGGACCUGGACAAUGCGUACCAGACCACUGGAGUCUCGCGAGCCGAUCUCGUUGCGAAGCUGAAUGCCUGGAACGAUGACCGUUUCAUCGAUUUAAAGACUGGCGGUAUGGUGAACGUCUUUCGAGUCGCGGACCACAAGAACUGGCCCCCACCAAAAGUCAAGAUGCAGGAAGUCAUUGACAAGUUGUACAAAGAGCUGCAACUGCGCGAGAAGCAAGACCUGGACCGGAUGGAUCAGGUUAUGGACUUGAUCACAGGCACAGCUUGCUUCGCAAAGACUCUAGCCGCUCACUUUGGAGACAGUCUGCCUGGCGAUGCUAAUGAAUGUGGUCACUGUACCUGGUGCGAGCAUCAUCAACCAGUCRCGAAAAUCACACGUCCACCAAAAGCUUGGGAUGCGGCCGCGUUUUCACAAGUUCUCCGGGCGUGUCCCGAUCGAGAUGAUCCUCGUUACCUUGCUCGGGUUGCAUUUGGCAUUGGCAGUCCGCGGGUGACGGCAAACAAGCUGAGCAAGCACAAGGUCUUCGGAUGCAUGGAGGAGCAUGAUUUCAUGCAAAUUCUGCAGGCCGCGGAGAAAGUCUGCAAGUGA